AUGAGUAUUGAAGAAGAGGUAAGUCUUGAAGAAGUGAAAGAGAAGAAAGAAGAAGAAAAGAAAGAUAAAGAAGAAGAAGACAAUAAAGAUAAAGAGGAAGAAGAAAAGAAAGAAGAGAUUCAAUUUAUUGAACCUAAUUUAAAUAAACGAAUGACAAGUGCUAAAAGAAAACGAGUUGAAAAAGCAAAGAAAAAAAUUAAUUUGAAACAACGAAGACAAGAAUUAUUUGAAGAGCUUAGUAAAAUCAUGUUAACAGAAGAAGAAUUACCAAACCUUAAAUCAAGUACAAAAUUAGGAAUUGAUAUGGAUGCAGAGAAUCAAGAAAAUGUUAUUAUCAUGCCAAAGAAAGUUCAAAAAAAAGAGGUAGUUAAAAAGAAAGUUGAGAAUAAGGUUGAGGAAGAGAAGAUUACAAAGAUUGUUGUAAGUGAUGGAAAGAAAACAUUUGGAUUUGGAUUUGUUAAUGAGAAAAUGGAAGUUGUUGAAAAAGAUGAGAAAAAAGGAAGAGAUGAAAAAGUAGUUUUUGUUAAAGAAGAGAGUUCUGAAGAAAGUGAAGAAAUGAGUGAAGAAAUGAGUGAAGAAAAUAAAGAAGAGAGUGAAGACAAAGAAGAAGAAGAAAGAAAAGAUGAUAAAAAUAAUAAAGAAGAAGAAAUAAAGAUAAAGACAGAAGAAAAAGGAAAAGAAGAAAGAAAAGAUAAUAAAGAAGAAGUAAAGAUGAAAGAAGGAAAAAAUAAAAGAAUAAUUGCAGUAAAUAUUAAAAGAACAGAAGAGAUUGAAAAAAGAAGAAAAGAAUUACCAAUAUUAAUGGAAGAAAGUAAUAUUAUUGAAGGAAUAAUUGAAAAUGAAUGUAUUAUUAUUUGUGGAGAAACAGGAAGUGGAAAAACAACACAAAUACCACAAAUAUUAUAUGAAAUUGGAUUUGGAAAUGAAAAAUCCGAAUUUAAUGGAAUGAUAGGAAUAACACAACCAAGAAGAAUAGCAGCAACAGCAAUAGCAAAAAGAGUAGAAGAAGAAAUGGGAGAAGAUGGAGGAGUUGUAUCAUAUCAAAUUAGAUAUGAUAGUCAAGUAAAUGAAAAUACAAAAAUUAAAUUUAUGACAGAUGGGAUAUUAUUAAGAGAAGUUCAAAGUGAUGUAUUAUUAAAAAAGUAUUCAUGUAUUAUUAUUGAUGAAGCACAUGAAAGAAGUUUAAAUACAGAUGUAUUAAUUGGUAUUUUAAGUAGGAUAGUAAAAUUAAGAAAUAAAAGUGGAAAAGCAAUGAGAUUAAUUAUUAUGUCAGCAACACUUAGAGUAAGUGAAUUUACAGAAAAUCAAAGAUUAUUUAACAAAGCACCAAAAGUAAUUAAAGUAGAAGCAAGACAAUAUCCAGUACGAACAUAUUUUAGUAAAAGAACAGAAAUUGAAGAUUAUUGUUCAGAAGCAAUUAAAAAAGUAAAUAAAAUUCAUAAAAAAUUACCAGCAGGAGGAAUUUUAGUAUUUUUAACUGGUCAUAAAGAAAUUGAAGAAGUUUGUAAAGAAUUAAGAAAUAAUAAAGAAAAUCAAGAUUUAUAUGUAUUACCAUUAUAUUCAAGUUUAGAACCAAAAGAACAAGAAAAAAUAUUUGAAAAAAUUCCAGAAGGAAAAAGAUUAUGUGUUGUAUCAACAGAUGUUGCAGAAACAUCAAUUACAAUUCCACAUAUUAAAUAUGUUGUUGAUAGUGGAAGAAAAAAAUCAAGAUAUUAUGAUACUAAAAGUGGAAUAAGUUCAUUUGUUAUUGAAUGGAUUUCAAAAGCAUCAGCAGCACAAAGAGCUGGAAGAGCUGGAAGAAUUGGAGAAGGAUAUUGUUAUAGACUUUAUUCAUCAUCAGUUUAUGAAAAUAUAUUUGAAGAAUUUGAAAAAGCAGAAAUUGAAAGAAUGCCAUUAGAAAGUGUUAUAUUAACAUUAAAAGGAAUGGGAAUUGAUAAAGUAAUAAAUUUCCCAUUUCCAAGUCAAAUUAAUAUAGAAAGAUUAAAAGAAGCAAAUAAAAUGUUAGAAAUAAUAGGAAUUUUAGAUAAUAAAGAAAGAAUAACAGAAAUUGGUAAAGUUAUUAAAGAAUAUCCAUUACAUCCAAGAUUAGGAAAAAUAUUAUAUUUAAGUCAACAAAAAGGAAUUGAAGAAAUUGGAUUAACAUUAGUUUCAGGACUAAGUGUAAAUGAUAUUUUUAUUGAUCAAGAAUGUGAUCGUAGUUUAUUUAUAAAUAAAGACUCGGAUUUAAUUAGUCUUAUUUUAAUGAUUGAUACUUUCCGUAUUGCUGAAGUUAAAAAAAAUAUUACUAAAGUGGAAUAUUGUAAACAUUAUGGUAUUAAAAUUCAAGCUUUUCAAGAAAUUUUAUUACUUAGGUCUCAGCUUUGUAGUAUUUUAGGUAAAGAAAAUAAAGUUCCAUCACAUUUAAUUACUCCUUCUGAACAAAUUGAACUUAGAAAAAUUAUUGCUUCUUGUUUUGUUGAUAAUGUUGCGAGAUUAGUUAGAAGAGAAGAACUUGGUAAAUAUAUUAAUUGUGGAUUAAGGCAUGGUUAUCUUACAGCAAUUACUAAAGAGCCUGCUGUUAUUUCUUCUAAAAGUGUUUUAUAUGGUCAACUUCCUGAUUAUAUUGUUUUCCAUGAAAUAGUAGAUACUGCUUAUAAAACAAUGGCUGGAGUUACUCGUGUAAAUUUCAAAUGGCUUGAAGACGCUUCUCCUGAUUUUAUUACUUCUUUUGAAAAAAAGUCUUUUAAUUAA